GCGAGUGAAGUUUCUUUCGAGAGUUUGAAACGGGUUCAAGUCUAGAGCGUCUGAAGACAGCGAACAAGUGGGAGGAGUAGCAGGGAGAUUGGCUGGAGUAUCAAUGGAGAAAGUUCAGAAAGAAUAUCUAUUCAAAGUAUUAGUGAUUGGAGAUCUGGGUGUUGGAAAGACCAGUAUUAUUAAGCGGUACGUCCAUCAGAUCUUCUCGCACCACUACAGGGCCACCAUUGGCGUGGACUUCGCUCUGAAAGUGUUGAAUUGGGAAGAAGACACAGUAGUAAGACUACAGCUUUGGGACAUUGCAGGGCAGGAGCGGUUUGGUAACAUGACUAGGGUUUACUACCGGGAGGCAGUGGGAGCUUUUAUCGUCUUCGAUGUUUCCAGAGCAUCAACGUUUGAGGCGGUUUCGAAAUGGAAAAGUGAUCUUGACUCUAAAGUGAGGCUGCAGAACGGGAGGCCAGUGCCUGCGAUCUUACUGGCAAACAAAUGUGACCAGGCCAAAGACGGUCUGACCAGCACUUUGCCCAAACUGGAUCAGUUCUGUAAAGAGAAUGGCUUCAUUGCCUGGUUCGAGACGUCAGCAAAAGACAACAUCCACAUUGAAGAAUCUGCUCGGCUCCUGGUGGAAAACAUUAUUAAUGCGGAAAGUGAUGCACCUCCUGCAGAUCCUGAAAUCAUUUCAUCACAACAGCUCUCACAGAGUAACAACACUGGCUGCUCUGCUUGCACAAAAUAAAGCUGGGUCUCUGCCGUGGGGGAGGGCAGGGGUUGGUGGAGAAAUGAUGGACUUCAGAGAAUUCGAUGUAGAGCUUCCAUGGAUGAGCAGCUUACUCGGUGAGGCACUGGAGAGUGACCACUGCACAUUGUUAGUGCCUUGUACCAGCUACAAGAACAUUUGGGUUGGUCUUUUUUACCUCCAUAAGCAAGUCUAUAUUGAUCAUAUCCCCAUUCUGUUAAUGUCAUCUGGACCACCUAAUUGAUGCCUCAGCUAAAUGUUUUUUUCCCUGCUUGAUUGGGAUUGACAGUAACACCAGAUCAUAAGAUGGAAGGCAGUAUGAGAUUUUGUUUUCAAAAUGGAUCUAGACACUUUACCGAUUCAGGGUUCUGGGUACUGAUUUUAUUGGAAGAAAAUCUACUCUAAAUGAUCUGCACUUCCCUUUGAUCCUUUUUCCCCUCUUGCCCUCCUCCCCAGUCUACCAGAUCUAUUCUUGUGACCUGUAUAUUGCUGCUGCUUUUUUUUUGGCUGCCUACCUUUUCCCCUUGAGUAAGUUUCAGUGUUAGAACUACCUCUGGCACUCCUGCACUAUUAGAAAGGAAACUAUUUCAGUUUCCCAUCCACUUAUCCUAAUUAUUUGCAAAUGAAGUACUCUUGCCAUCAUUGUGAAUCUGAGCUAUGGUCAUUCAGCUUCACAUGUUGAUUGCGUCUUGGUUUUUAUACACCACUUCUAUAGUAUCGUGUUGCUUUUUCAGUCGUGUGCAAUAAGAGGUGGUUUUUGGAAAGUAAGAAGUCUGUUUUUUCUUUCCCAAAGUUUUUCUGAAAGUAUCUACUCCUCUGCCAGAUUCGCAUUUUUGUGCUGUGGCCAAACUGCAGCUUUCCUAUUUUUGUUAGCUUGUGAUCAAUUGACGUUUCAGAAACAGUACAUACACUUGUAUUAUGUCCUUCGCCUGCAUCCCAGUUUGUUCUUGCCCACGAAGUGGAAGAGCGUGGUGAACAGCAAUGGCCAUCCAGUGCAAUUUUGCAGAGGAUGUUCGAGUCCGUACUGAUGACGCUCAAAUAGAACUUGAAGUCUAGUGGUUAUGAAUUCACACACAAUAGUGAAAACUAAACAUUGAUUUUCUUUAUGGUUCACUGGUCCUGCUGCUUCUCUGCACACUUUAAUAAUUGGUUGUGUUUAAGUAGAAUCACUAUUCUAUUUAAUAUAGAUGAGGGUCUAGACAAGUGUUCCUGCUUUUUUUUUUGCAGUCACUCCUUCCCACUCUUCACUGUCAAGGUAACUGCUGGUAUCGAAUUGCAUGUGAAAGGUCCUAUUUCUCCACCGAGCUGUCGUUGGCAUAUCCUAACUUGGAUAAUUUGGGACUUUGUAAUGUCUCUGUAUUUUGUUAUCUACCACAUUCUCCUGAUUUGAUAUUUCAGGAAACUGUAUGAGUACAAUUUAUUUAUUAAUAAACUUGCUCUGGUUAA